CCUCUAAGCGCAGCGUCAGGUAUAGAAUGACAGACAAUAUGACUAGUCAAUCAACGGGAGUCAAGGAGGAAUUCACAGAAUUAGACUGGAUUACGCUGAAAAGUGACAUCGGCUCGGAACAGAAUUUAUACCAGGAGACUGCUGGCGAGAAGUUUCAGAGGAAGUUCAAGGAAAAUCCUCUUGUUCCCAUUGGAUGUGGACUGACUGCUGGUGCACUCUGCUAUGGACUCAUGAGUUUCAGUCGUGGCAAUAGGAAAACGUCACAAAAUAUGAUGAGGUUGCGUGUAGCAGCUCAGGGCUUCACAAUAGCUGCUUUGAUGAUAGGCAUUGUGAAGACAUCCCUUAAGUGAACAUUGUCUUCAAGGGGGGUGUUAGGAUUUUCUCUUUAUUUCCUUUUCUUUUUUUUAUUCAUUGGUUUUAUUUAUUAUUGUUUUUUUCUUAGUCUGAAGAUGGGGAAGUAUAACUAAACCUGUCUUUCUUUGACAUUUCUGCGCAAUAUGAAGUCUAUUUAAAGAAUUAUAUGUAAAUAUACUUUGGAAAGAUAGGAUAUUAUUCUAUUUAAUUUUUGUAAAAUUGCUUAGAAUAUAGAAUAAUUAAAUACGAA